UUCACGGUCACACUGCCUUGCACGUGUAUUUGAAUGUUUCCAAACAAAAUUUUGUUUUUAGCGCAUAAUUAAUCCAGUUUAAGAUAGAUGAAGUGAUCUGUAAGUUUAUACAAGCAAUAACAGUAUGGCAGCCAUAACAGAGAAGUCGAAAGACACAAACACAUUUCGGUUCAAGUCGUUUGGAGAUCGCGUAAAUGAAAUCGACUUGCGCCACUUGGCCCUGUACCACAUUGGGCACAGGAACGAGGAGCUCGACGAGGAGGAGGACGAGACUUAUUUCCAGCAGACACUUCAGAAAUGGAAUGUCCUCAACCUCACGGAGGAGUACAACUAUUUCAGCAAGCGAUGCAGGAAGAUUGUCACCCUGCCGCAGCUGUUGCAUCAGAAGGAUGUUGUGGUCGAUCUGCUGCUGGAGCGACUCUCCACAGCCACGAAUCUGUCGCAGCAGCCUCUGCUGGAACUUCUCUAUGUACUGGCACGUGACCUGCGCGAGGAAUUCUAUCCCUACUUCCAACGUGUGCUGGACCGCCUCAUCUGCCUGCUCAACACCCAGGAUGCCGAGCAGCUGGAGUGGACACUGAUUUGCCUGGCUCAUCUAUUCAAGACUCUGAAGCCCUACUUGAAGCGGAACAUUGGCAUUGUUUUCAAUGCGAUUCUGCCACUCCUGGACGAGCAGCACUACGCUGAGCAUGUCAUCAACUUUGCUGUGGAAUGCUUUGCGUACAUAGCCCGAGAUGUACGAGACUUUCCCCGCUUUCUGGCCUACGUGCUGAAGACAGUGCUACGGGAGCAGGUGGAGAGUGUCCAUGGCUGUGGCAGGCUGAUCUACGAGAUACUUCGAGGCGUUAACGGACAGCUGCACAACUCGGCUGCCGAUAUCUUUGCCCAUGUUCUGGAGGUGCUCGUCAGCCGGGAUGACAUCAACAACACAACGGCCCAGGCCGAGCUCUUGGGCGACAUUGUGGAGUAUUCGCUGGGACUGCUCUUAAGCUUCCUUCGCCCCGAUCAGAGCAGCGUGCUCUGGCAACAGCUCUGCUCCGCAGCAAGCCGCGAGGGCGUAGACGCUGCGCGACUGAUUGACUUGAUGCUGCCCUUGGUCAGGCACAAGGAUGGGCGCUAUGUGGCCGAGCUGUCCAUCGUGGUGCCCACACUGCUGAAUUUGCUUGAGCGGAGCGUGGAACCCCUGCAGCCCCUAACGACCCUGGUCACCAGCCUGCUCAAGGCCCAGCACACGCAGCUGGCGCAGCUGGAUGCCAGUCGCUUGCUGCAGAAACUGUUGGCCAUAAGCAGAAAAUCCGAGGACGUGUAUGAGGACUCCAUUCUGCAGCUGCUGGACUAUCAGCAAUUUGAGAUUUUGGUCCUGCCGCACGUCAUCAGCUACUACGAGGAGGAGCGACAGACAAGAGCCUUGGAGCUACUGGCUCGCAUUGUCCAGCACAAGAGGCCGCUGCAAGUGGACGCAACAUCCGUGGCGCAAUGGACGGUAUAUCCCCUGCAGCUGAAGCAGAAAGAGACCAUCAAAAGCUUGGAGCAGCAACUCCUGACCUUGGAUGUGGCAACAGAGGAGCACCUACUGCUUCUGCUGUUGGUUCCCCAUCUGCGUGGAUUCAGCAAGCAGCCUUUGGAGAAGACCCUCCACUCGAACAUUGAAGAUCGCCUGGCGAGCCCCAACUCGGACUACACUCUACUGCUGCUGCUGCUGCAGACCCAUGCUCUGCUCAAGUUCAAGCUUCCCGCUGCACUUGCCUCCAAACUGUAUGCGUUCCUAACACCAGAACUGACCAAAGACAUCCGAGCCGUGGCCUGUCUGCAGCUGCUUUUGCUGGAAACACCAACGAAAGAGCUCUCCGCCUCCACGGAACUACUGACUGCCAUCUCCACGCUGCUCAGCCAGCCCCAGGCGCAAUACAGGCGCAUAGCGUCCCACUGCCUGGAUCUGCUAAACUCUGGCAGCAAGUGCAAUCCCUACUCGCACUUCUACGCCGCUUCCUGCGUGGAGCCCACGGUGCACAACUACCGAGAGCUGCUCCUCGAACUGCAGCAACUGGAGCCGGCAUCCGCUCAGUUCAAGCAGUACUCCCAGCUGCCCCAUUUCAAGGAGCAUGCGGUGAGCCUGCUCCUCGGUCUGCUCUACAACAACUUUAAGUUUGUGUGGGCCCCGGUGCAGCAGCUGCUGGCCGCCUACGUGAAGGUAACGGGAACGGACGAGUUCUGGAACCUUUUCAAGGCGAAGCUCCUCGAGACAGUCGCCUGCAUAGACUACGAGGUGAACUCAACCAGCCUACUACAACAGCCGCAUCGGGCAGACUAUGUGUCGGCUGCCCUGACCAUGCUCCUGCCCGAGGCUGGGGAGCAGCAACUGAGUUUGCAGCAGGCGCUCAACUAUCGCCAACUUCUGUGGCAGUGCCUGCCCAAGCUGGGCGCUCUGGCCGAGGUGAAGAACGCAGAUGUGGUGCGACUGUUCCUGCAGUUCGUCGAGCAGGAGUACCGAGCCCAGCUGGAGAGGACAGAGCAUACGUGGAACGUCAACGAAGCCACAGCGGAAGACGUUGAAGCCGACGAGGAUGAGGAGAAUGAAGCGCCGAGCGGAGUCCGAUCCCGCCAGAAGCGAAGAACACACAAUGUCCAUGCCAAGUUCAUACUCCAAACUCUGCAGCUGAAGCUGGCAUGCUUCGUGUCGCAGCCGAACCCCAAGGCCCUGCACCGACAGGCGGAGAUGCAUGCCUUCUAUCUGGAGCUGUUGGCUGGGCCCAAUGCCCAGCUGCAGCAGCUGGCGCUCGACUGCCUGGCCGCCUACAAGCACCCGGUGGCUCUGGUGCAGCAAAAGGCUCAGCUGGCGGGACUGAUCGAUGAGGCAAAGUUCAAGACGACGCUGAGUGGCUUCGAGUUGGCCAGCAUUCCCGCGGAGCAGAGAUCCCAGCUGAUGCCCUUCAUGCUGCGCGUGCUCUACGGCAAGAUGCUAACGAAGGGCGUCCAAAAGCAGCUGAGUGCCCAGCAGCGGAAGACACUGAUCCUGAGAUUCCUGGGACAGCUGGAGGAGUCGGAGAUCAUAGAAUUUCUACAAAUGGCCUUCGGACGCUUCGCCGAAUACACAGACAAGCCCAUAGAGGAGUUACCCCGCUAUGUCCAGAGCUCGUACGAUUCCUCGGCAGUGAUUGCGGCCAAGCAGUUGCAGCGGAUUGUCAAUCUUCUGGAGCUGAUACGCAAGGAAUUCGCUGGUCGACUCACCGCUGAUUUUCAGGUCUAUGUUCUCAAGUUGCUGCUGCUUGUCGGAAGCGUCUCCCAGGAGGUGGUGAACGGCCAAGGAAAGCUGGCGACUGCCUACAAGAACGUGAAGCACUCGGGAUUGCAGACACUGGGCAAUUACUUUGGCCAACUGGUCGAUAUGGAGGAGUUAUGGCAGGAGCAGGAGAUAAGCGCCAUAUGCGAGGUGUACGUCUGGCCAGGACUCGCGCGACUGCCACACGACUCCAUACACACGCCCACGCCUCUGCUGAAGCUGCUGCUCCUCUGGGGCGGAGAGCCUCGAUACCAGAGGUGGCUCAACCAGAGUCCCUCUGCGGGUGAGCCGGCCAUAAUGGAUCAGCUGAUGGCAUUGCUGCUCAACGACAAGGCCAAGCCGGUGGUGAAGCGUUCACUGCUACAGCUGGUAGAGCAGCUGCUGGAGGCGGCUGCCACCGAGGAAUAUGGUGUCGAGGCCUUGGCCAUUAUCCAUCCCCACAUCCCGGCCAUUCUGCAGCAGCUUCAGACCAACUGGCGCCACCGGAAGGCCGGCAGACAGAUGCUGGACAAGCGGGAACUCAACAUUCUGACGCUGAUAACGUCGCACGUGCAGGAGCCGGCCACCUGCGAGCUGCUGCUGACACUCGUCCUGCCAAUAUUUACCAAGCAGUCGGCUUCCGCUGGGCCCGAGACCGUCGUCCAGCUGAUCACCACGCUCUCCAAUCUCAGCCAGCGUGUGCCCAGACCGCAGGACUAUGUGCGGCAACUGGCACCGCUCUUUGAGCAGGUGCACGUCCUGCCCGCCAGGAAGCUGCUCUGUGACUUGCUGGCGGACAUGGCAAAGCGGCUGCACAAGGAAGCCAAGCAGAACCCAGAGCUCUCCGCCACUGCGUCGUCGCUGCGGGAGUGGGCGAGGAUUGUCCUGCUGCUGAAUGCCUGGGACAAGCGCUGGCUGGAGCAGCCCGACUACGACAAGAGGCUAGAGGGGCUCUCAGAACUGAAGCAGCUGGUGGAGAAGAAGGACCAAAAGAUCGAUCUGCAGCUGGGAGUGCUGGUGGUCUACAACUGCUUCUACAUGUUGCGCCACGUCUCCGAUCUGGGCAUUAGGGUCAACGUAGGUGAGCUGCUCAAGGCCCUGCUCCCGCUGCUCACGCUCCAGCUGGAGGCCAAGGAGGAUGUGCAGUUCUGGCUGGAGGACACAUUGCUGCCACUGCUGCAGCGCUCUCUGAAGGACGAGAAGCACGAGCACGCGCGAAGCGAAGCCAUUGGCUUGCUGGGCGAACUUGCUCGCCACUGUCCCGCAGCACACGAGAUCUUUCGCGAUCUCGCGCCCCUGGCUGAUAAGCACGACUUGGAGGUGGACUUCUUCGAGAAUAUGCUGCAUUUGCAGACCCAGCGACAUGGUCGAGCAUUGCAGCGGAUCGUCAACAUCUCCGGCGGCAGUUGGCGACAGGCGCCGCCCUGUGCCCGCACCCUGACCCAGUUCCUUCUGCCGCUGGCCACACGAUACCUUCUCAACGAGCGGCACACGGGCAAGCACACGCUGGUGGACGCCGCCAUCGAGGCGGUGGGCGUGAUGAGCGAGCUGCUGCCCUGGACGCAGUACCAUGCCGUGCUUCGCUACUACCUGCAGAAGCUGCGAUUCUCCCACGCCCAGCAGAAGCAGUGCGUCCGCCUGGUGGUCCGUAUUUUGGAUGCCUUCCACUUCGAUCUGACGCAGGCAGAGGCUGAUCUGGCCACGCUCGUCAGCCUCAAGCAGAAGCUGACUGAAGCAGCAGCAGCGGAGGAAAAGAAACCCCAAGUGGAGGCGGAAGAAGAGGAGGGAGAAGAGAAGGCGCCAAAGGAGGAGCUGCAGGACUUCAUCGAUUUCGAGGGAGAGGAAGCGGCCGAACCAGUGGAGGCGGUGGUGCUGCAUCAGCGUAACCAGCUCCUGGCCCCCAACGCAGCCAAGCGCGUCAUGUCCACCAUUACCACUGUGCUGCUGCCCACCCUCAACCGGUCCAUCACUGAGAAGACCAACUACGACGCCAAGCAUAAGGUGAACCGCCGCCGGCUGAGCCACGAGCGCGAGGAGGAGGAGAUUCAGCGCGUGCCCAUUGCCCUGGCCAUGGUGAAGCUGCUCCAGAAACUGCCCGUCGAACUGCUGGAGAACAGCCUGCCAGGAAUCUUCAUGAAGGUCUGCACCUUCCUGCGCUCCCCCCUGAAGUCCGUGCGGAUGCUGACCCGCGACAUUCUCAAGAAGAUUAUGAUCACGCUGGGUGGCAGCUACGUGGGCAUGCUCCUCGAGCAGCUGCAGUCGCUGCUCACUCGCGGCUUCCAGGUGCACGUCCUCUCCGUGACCCUGCACGGAGUUCUGGACGCGCUCCGAGGCGAGCUGAAGCCGGAGCACAUUGAGAGCUGUCUGCAUAACCUGCUUGAGGUUGCCCUGAACGACAUCUUCGGAGAUGUGAGCGCCGAGAAGGAGGUGGAGAAGAUUGUGUCGCACACGCCCGAGGCCAAGCCGAGCGCCAAGAGCUACCUCACCCUUCACAUAGCCGCCAAGCACAUCCGAGACAACUGUCUGCUGGACCUGCUGCUGCCCUUCAAGGAGCAUCUGAUCAGGUCGCACUCCCGCAAGGUCACCCAGAAGAUACAGGAGUGCUUUGCCAAGAUUGUGGCCGGCCUGGUGGACAACUCGCACAUAGCCAGGGAGAGUCUGUUGAUUUUCAUCUACGGAACGAUGUCGGAGAGCAUCAGCGACCUGCUGCCGGGCACCCAGAAGCGGCAGCUGACCGCCAAGGAGCAGGCGCUGAUCAAACGCGCUCGUCCCGACUGCCUCAUCCUGCAGCCGGCACCGGGUCGACGCAGUGUGGCCACGGGCAACAAGCUGGUCAAGUCCAAUGCCCAGGCCAAUGCCCACAUACUGGUGGAGUUCGGACUGGAGCUGCUUCACUUUGUGCUGAAGCGAAAGAAACUCUCGGAGCUGGACUACCAGCCCUUUCUGCACCCCAUGCUGCCCCUGCUGAGGGACGCGCUAAGCAGCAACCAUGUGAGGACCACCACCUAUGCCUUGAAGUGUUACACGGCCAUUUGGAUUGGGGAGUACGAGCUUUCGGAGCUGGACGCCGAGCAGCUGCAGCCAGUGGUGACACGAAUGUUUGAGAUCUUGAAGAAUUUCUCCAGCUUUGGGGCCACGCGGCAGGAGGAGAACGCCCAGCUGGUGCGAGGCAGCUUCAAGGCGGUGGUGGCGUUGCUCCGCAAAUGCCAGGACUACCAGCUAAGCGAUGAGCAGAUCGAACAGCUGCUGCUGCAAAUCGAACAGGAGUUGCAGGAGGGCGAGUGCAGCAGCCAGACCAUGUGCUUCACUCUGCUCAAGGCUCUGGUGGGCCGCAAGGUGGACACUCGCUCGCUGCACGAUCUGAUGAAGCGUCUAUGCGAUCUGUCCAUCAUAUCGCAGUCGGACUACGUGCGCGACGAGGCCCGCGGCAUCCUGCUUACCUACAUCAUGGAGUACACGCUGCAGAAGCGUGUGGAUCAGCUGGUCAAGUUCAUGUCCGUCCAGCUGUGCUACACCCAGAUAGCCGGCCGACAGUCGGCCAUCCAGUUCAUGCACUCCAUCAUCAACAAGUUUCCCCUUCAGCUACUCGCCAAGCAAUCGGAGUUCCUGUUCCUCUCGCUGGGCACGCGAUUGGUCAACGAUGAGGAUCCCUCCUGUCGUCGCAGUGUGGCCGCUGCUCUGGAGGCGCUGAUUGGGCGCCUAACCAAGCUGGAGCGGCAGCCACUUCUGGAUCUCACUUUGCUGUUCUUCACGUCGCAGCAGUCCAGCCAGAAGCCGGGUGUCCGCGAAAUGGCGGCCGCACUCCUCUCGAGGUUUGUGCAGGCGGAGCGGGCUGGAUUUGCGGAGAGACUGCCCCUGGUGCUGCCCACAUUGGUUAAUAUCCUGACGCUGGGCGAUGCGGAAGCAUGCGGUCGAUAUGUGCGUGCUCCGGGAAAUCUGGCAUCGGAGGUGGACGAAGACCAAUUGCAGAAGAAGAGAAGGCGAAAGCAUUCUCAUGCGACUCCCGACGAGGAGCUGCUGCUGGCCGGCCUGGACACUGAGACGCGACUGGAGCAUCAGCAACGAAGCGCAGACCAUCAGAUCAUCCAGCUGCAGUACUGCCUGCUGAAGAUCAUGGAGCAUUGCGGGGAGGCGAUGCUGGCCGACAAGGAGAUUUCCGACACCGUUGAUCAACUGGCGUACGGCUGCCAGCGGCACUUGGGCCACGAACACAACUGGGUGCGCUGCAAUGCGGCCAAGCUGCUGACACACCUCUUAGCUCACUACGACUACGCCUAUGUGGGCCAACAGCUGGUGGGCGUCAAGCGAGAGGAUGGAGAAGCGAAGCACCUGGACUUUGUUUACGCCCAACCUGCCCAGGAUAUCAAGUCCCUGGUACUGGACCUGUGUGCCCAGGUCACGCCCGGCGAGACGGCACAGGAAAUGAUUGACGAACUGUCCAAGAUCAUGCUGUACGUGGGGCACAUGCUGAGGGAUGUCCCAUUCAGUCUCAAGCAGGAGAAGGACUCGGAAGCGCAGGAGGAACAGGAGCGAGGCCCGGCUAACAAAAUCAACCUCAAUUGGCUGGUGCGAAACAUCCGCUUCCUGGUGAACAAGGAAGUGACCCAGGCACCACACGACACCAGCACACGCACUGCCAUGUUCACGCUUAUCGAGGCCCUCAGCACGUUGCUCAGUGUGGAGGCGGUGACUCGGCUGGCUCCCGCCCUGCUCCAGUCACUGGUGCGCGAGAUGUCAGAGGAGGAUCAGAACGUCGAUGCGGAACUGCGUCAGCUAGCGCUACGCGUCGGCAGUCGGCUGCGAAAGCGGAUUGGAGCGGAUAUCUACGACAAACUUCGCAAUGUGGUGCAAACCAAGCUGAUGGUGCGACGGGCUGAGCGGCGCAAGGCCGUUGCCCAGGAGAAGGUCCAUGAUCCAGAGCGUGCGGCCAAACGCAAGGCAGGAGUGCAAGAGCGCAAGAAGGCUGCGAAGCGUCUGAAGGCAGCGGUGAUUCGUGGCAAGGCGCCAGACACCAAGCAGAAGUUGAAAAAGCGCAAGAGGAAAGCUGAAAUGGACGGAUUUUAAUUAGUUAGUCGGCCGUUGCCUAAUUUAAGUAGCUAAUCUAAGUAGAGAAAAAAUAAAUCAGAAUU